CCAAGAUAAACCUAUGACCAAUUUGAUUGGCUGACAAUUAACAGAAUAUCCGACGUAUCCAAAACCCCAUCCCCGCAGCAUGAAUAUUUGCCAUUCCUGAUCAUCAAUGGCGCUCUCUGCACCCACUUCACUUUCAUUUCCUCAUCUUCAUGCUGUUGGCUUCCGUCACAACAACUUCCUCUCCUCCAAACCUCGCUUUACCCCUCUCUUUCCCGCCAAAAAUGCCUCAAGAACCGUUGCCAUAGCAUCUAAAAAGAAGGUAAACAAGUACGAUGAGAACUGGGAAAAACAAUGGUUCGGUGCUGGAAUUUUCUACGAAGGAAGCGAAGAGAUUGAAGUUGACGUUUUCAAGAAACUCGAAAAACGUAAAGUGUUGAGCAACGUUGAAAAAUCGGGUCUUUUAUCAAAAGCCGAGGAGCUCGGUGUCACUCUAUCAUCUAUUGAGAAGUUGGGCUUGUUUUCUAAAGCUGAGGAGUUGGGUUUAUUGAGUUUGUUGGAGAAGGUGGCUAGUGUUUCACCAUCCACUCUGGCAUCCGCCGCUUUUCUCAUAUUUCUGGCGGCCGUGGCGGCGAUAGUGGUGAUUCCUGAUGAUUCAGUAGGGUUGGUGGUGGUGCAAGCGGUGGUGGCUGGUGCUCUUGGGGUUGGUGCUGCUGGUUUGUUUGUAGGCUCUGUUGUUUUGGAUGGCUUACAAGAAGCUGACUGAAUCUUGUUGUAUAUUUAAAUGUUGUUGAUUUUAUUUUCUUGGGGUAAAGUACUUGCAAAUGUUGUAAAUUACAAAGCGGAGAUGUUGAGUUUGGAUUAAAGAAGAAAAUUAACAAUGAAAUUGAUGUCCUUGUGUAAAUGAAGAUCAGAAGAAUCUGUCUGUUUUGCA